UCAGAUUUCUCUUCCAGCCAGUAGGUGGCGAUAUCACGUUUACAUUUAUUGUUUCACUGACUGUGGCAUAGUAGAAGAAACUUUGUCAACAUGGCGACCCCGAUGCAUCGGCUGAUUGCUAGAAGGCUAGCAGAGGCAAACAAGCAAAACGUCAAAUGUCAGAAGUGUCUAGAACUUGGUCAUUGGACCUACGAGUGCAAAGGGAAAAGGAAGUACCUUUAUCGACCCUCUCGAACUGCAGAGAUGAAGAAGACCCUAAAGGAAAACGAUAACAAACAAGAAAAUGUAAUCCCUCAUGCUGGAGAAGUCGCUGAUAAAAGGAAAAAGAAGAGGAGAAAAAAGGAAAAAGACCAGAGUAGCUCCACUGGUGUCAGCAGUGACUCGGAUAGCUCAAGUGAUUCCUCUGAUAGCAGCGAGUCGUCCAGUUCCUCGUCUUCGUCGGAGGACAGCAGCAGUGAUAGCGAGGGCAGCUCCAGCUCCUCGGCCUCCUCCAGUAGCAGCAGCAGCAGUAGCAGCAGCAGCUCCGAAUCGGAUUCAGAUUCCUCUAGCAGCAGCAGUUCGGACCAAGGCCCACCAGUGAAGAGAAAAAAGAAAACCUGAAGGACUUGAAGCCCAGAUGUUCCUUUCGUUUUUUUAACGCUACCAUGUGUUUUUGUGAUGAUGUGGUAAUCCUGUACCCAGUCGGUUUUGGUAUGACUUGGUUGCAUCAAGAUGUUUUAAGCCUUCAAUUCUGAGAGUGCUAGAGCACGUCAUGUGCCUAGGCAAGCAAGAUUUCUUUUAUUUUCAAUAAAGGAUAUUUGAUUUUUA